AUGGAUCGAAGUUGGAUGAAUCAUAAUGGUGUAAAGGAUAGAAAACAACCGAAGUACAUAGCUGGUGUAAAUGAAUUUCUACAGUUUGCUUUUAGGGGAAAAAGUGGUGAAACAAUGUUGAAAUGUCCUUGUCUUAAUUGUAGAUUGGUUUUGUCUCAAAAUCGUAAAAAUAUGCAAUGUCACUUACUAGUAUAUGGCAUUGAUCAAAGUUACAAACCAUGGGUGAGUCAUGGAGAAAAAGCAGAGAAAACUAAUAACAAUGAAGAUGGGUAUAGAGAGGAGGUUUCAGAUAAUGAUGAUGAGAUUGAUGAAAUGCCUUUUGAUGACAUGGCUCCAUUUGUUUUCGAUGCAACAAACGCGUGGAAUUCCAUAAACUCUACACCCGUCGAUGAAAAUGAGGGAACCACAAAUAUAAGAUUAAAUAGUGGCACUCAUGAAACUCCUAUGUUGCUCCAAAAAUUAAUGGAGUAUAUGGAGGCUGAUUUAUAUCCAGGUUGUAAGACGUUCAAGAGAUUGGAGUUUAUUAUGUCAUUGUUGCACAUUAAAGUUAGUAACAAGUGGAGUGAUACGUCCUUUUCAAUGUUAUUGAAUGCUUUGCAUAGGGCAUUUAAUUAUGAUAACAAUUUACCUUCAAGUUCCUAUGAAGCAAAAAAAUAUACAAAAGCGCUAGGGUUAGACUAUGUUAGGAUUGAUGCAUGUGUUAACCAUUGUGUUUUAUUUCGAAAGGAGUAUGCAAAUGAAUUUAAAUGUCCUAAGUGUUUAUCCCCUAGAUGGAAGCAGGAUGUUUCUCAAGAUGACGAGAGUUCAGAUGAAGAUGAGGGUGCCAAGAGGAAAACACGAGUACCUCAAUUAGUCUUGCGUCAUUUUCCACUUAUUCCAAGGCUCCAAAGAAUGUUUAUAUGCUCCAAGCUAGCAAUGCAUAUGAGAUGGCACAAGAAAAAGCAUGUUGGUGAUGAUGAUGAUGAUGGGAUUAUGAGACACCCAAGAGAUUCAGAAUCGUGGAAGUCUUUAGAUGAUCUAUAUCCAGACUUUGCUGCGGAUGCACGUAAUGUACGCUUGGCUUUAGCUAGUGAUGGGAUUAAUCCUGGGGCGAACAUGAGUAGUAGAUAUAGCAUAUGA